CACACAUUCACUACACAUUAAGUCGAUUGAAUCACAGUUUGAGUCCCCAGCACCAAGUACAUCCAUCAAACGAGGUCCACCUGUCAGUCAGCUGGCUAGUGGUCGACCAUCGCAUCCGCCCCAUGAGCCCCUCCCCCACUCACAGCAGUAGCAGCAGCACCACCGCCACCACCACCAGAGCCAUUCAACAGACGAUCAGACAUGACUGCACACACAGAGAGAGAGACACACAUGAAUCAUGCGUGCGUGUGUCGUGCCCUUCUCCCUCUCUGGCUGACAUGACGGCCUCGGUUCCUUCUUGUCGUCUCCUGGUAUGAGUGUGGUGAUGGGCACCCACUCGGGCGGCUCCUGGUCGCCACACCGCCAUGAUAUCACCUGCAGCGAAGAGUGUAUCAUGCAGCAUUCACCACCAAUGGGGUUUUCCUUUCCGUCCUCCUCCCCCCCUUACUGUUCCGUCAUCUGCCGCUGCGGUGAGGACGGUGCCGGUGACGUUGAAGCACACACGCCAUAUCUGCACACAUACAGCCCACAGUUGUCACGAAGCAUGCACUGAAUCACACAACGCAAUGGGUGUGAUCUUAGGAGGCGGGCUCACCGGUCCCGGCGAUAUUUCGAUCUUCUGCAGGAUCUGGAGCAGCCACUUGUCGGACGCGCCGGCCACACCCGACUCUGCGCAGACACAGACACUCAGCGAGAGAUGCCUGUCUGUCGCGUACACAACACACACAAGCUUGUUGCUUCCGUGCAUACCAGCCGAUGGUGGCAAGAUGGCCUCCGCCUGAGCAAGGGGGCGAGCCGUCUGUCGAUGGACGUAUGUCUGCCUGGCUGUGUGCCAGCCCUAUUACUGACCGGUGCGUUGGCCGAUGUGUCCUGUUGUGGCUGCUGCUUCCACUGCCAUAUGUGCACCAGGGGCUCGUCCCCACAGGUGGCCAGCAGAUCAUACGGCCUGCAUAGGUUGGGUGCCCACGCCACAUCCUUCAGAGGGGCACUGCUCGCCUGCACACACACACACACACCAAGACAGGCCGAUCCCAUCCCGGCCGCCAGCCAACCUUUUGCUCUGCAAGCCUCGACCAGCCCCGUCCACUCCUGAAAUGGACCACAGCAGCCAGCCAUGCGGUGAUCCAAUCCAUCGCUGUGUGUGCCGCCCGCCAUGCCAUAGAUCGAUCUCUCACUCACUUGCCCCAGACGUCGAGUAUGCCGUCGUUGCCCACCACGGCCAGUAUCUGGUCCUCACUGUCGAAGUUCCACGCCAGCGCCGUGCAGCCUCGGGGGCAGUUGCUACGCUUGUGACUUGUGAAACAAUCCUCCUGACCGAUUGAUUGAACACACACCUCAUCACACUCGAACCCUGGAACCCCGCAAACCCUUGCCUGAUUUGAAUAAGCCAGGAGAGAACGCUCCCGCGAAGACGGAAGAUCUUUCCACCUCUUUCAUCUGUCCCUUCUUUCCCUCCCUCUCUACCUGCCCACAGUUCGCUAUCCCCUCCCCCCGGCCUGAGGUCAUCUCA